UCCAGCUACUUUUAUUUCCUGCAUAACAUUAUUCACAUUAGAGAUGUGCAAAAUUUGUUAAUUGAGAUACAAACCAUUCUGAAGGACUCUGGAACAUUCUGUUUCCUUCCAGAUCAUGUUGCUGGGAUGUUGUGGGCGCUGAUUGGCCUGUUUUGUUUGGACCAUUAUACCUGGAACACAUUGGACUGCUUUCAGUUUGGAGGAUUUACCUGUGGAAACUAUUGAACCCACACAGAUUACAUGGUCAGAGGUGCAUUGGCACAUUCCAAAGGGAAACUAGUUUGGUCUAGGAAUGGAGUUACAAAACUCUAUGAGAGUUUAUUAAAGACAUGAAAAGUUUAAUAAUGCAUUUUUCUAUUAUUUAUGGUUAAGCAUCUGGAGUCUAAGCAGAUUCCUGUGCUUAAAUGCAGCAGUUCUCACAUUUUACAGGCCAGCUAAAACUGUCAAGAGCUGAAAAGUGUGAAAGCAUAAUGGCGGGUAACAGUUUGGUCCUACCGAUUGUGCUAUGGGGACGCAAAGCUCCUACUCACUGUGUGUCAGCUACACUGUUAAUGGAUGAUGUUUCAAUGAUUGUCACAGGAUGUCAUGAUGGGCAGAUAUGUCUAUGGGACCUCUCUUCAGAUUUAGAAAUAAAUCCUAGAGCUCUGUUAUUUGGUCAUACAGCAUCCAUUACUUGUUUAUCCAAAGCCAGUUCUUCAAGUGAAAAACAGUAUAUAGUGAGUGCAUCUGAAAGUGGAGAAAUGUGCCUGUGGGAUGUGAAUGAUGGAAGGUGCAUUGAAUUUACUAAAUUAGCCUGCACACAUACUGGCAUACAGUUCUAUCAGUUCACAAUUGGGACUCAGCGUGAAGGGAGAUUGUUGUGUCAUGGCCAUUAUCCAGAAAUUCUUGUUGUGGAUGCUACCAGCCUUGAAGUUCUUUAUUCCUUGGUGUCGAAGAUUUCUCCUGACUGGAUCAGUUCUAUGAGCAUUAUUCGAUCUCACAGAACACAAGAGGACACUGUUGUAGCAGUAUCAGUGACUGGCAUUCUUAAAGUAUGGAUAGUAACUUCUGAAGUGAGUCACAUGCAGGAUACAGAACCAAUCUUUGAAGAGGAAUCUAAACCAAUUUACUGUCAGAACUGCCAGAGCAUUUCCUUCUGUGCAUUUACCCAAAGAUCACUUUUGGUAGUUUGCUCUAAAUACUGGAGGGUAUUUGAUGCUGGAGAUUAUUCCUUGUUAUGCUCAGUCCCAAGUGAAAAUGGACAGACAUGGACAGGAGGUGACUUUGUGUCAGCUGACAAAGUGAUAAUAUGGACUGAAGAUGGACAAAGUUUUAUAUAUAAUCUGCCAGCCAGUUGCUUGCCAGCUAGCAAGUCGUUUCGCAGCGAUGUUGGAAAGGUUGUUGAAAACCUCAAUCCUCCUCAACUCUAUUGUGUUGUAGACCAAGGAGAGGAGAAAGCAGAUAAACAGUUAUUAAUCUGCCCUCCUGUCACUCGAUUCUUCUAUGGCCGUAGGGAGUGUUUCCAUAAACUAUUAAUCCAGGGAGACUCUUCAGGGAGGCUCACCAUUUGGAGUAUUCCAGAUUCGCUUGACAAGCAAAAUAUGACUGAAGGAUUGCCGGUUACUACUUCUGUUUCUCUACAAGAAGCAUUUAGCAAACUUUCUCCUCGCCCAGCUGGUAUUAUAGAUCAGUUGAGCUUCAUCUCAAAUAGUGAGGAGCCUUUGAAGGUGACAGCAAGUGUGUACAUCCCCGCACAUGGACGACUGGUUUGUGGUCGUGAAGAUGGAAGUAUUGUUAUUGUGCCAGCAACUCAGACUGCUAUAGUUCAGCUUUUGCAAGACGAACAUAUGUGCAGAAGAGGUUGGCCGCCUCAUAGAACUCUGCGGGGUCAUCGAAACAAAGUCACCUGUUUGCUGUAUCCUCACCAGGUUUCCUCUCGUUAUGAUCAAAGAUACUUGGUCUCAGGUGGUGUAGAUUUUUCUGUCAUUAUAUGGGACAUCUUUUCUGGAGAAAUGAAACACAUCUUCUGUGUGCAUGGUGGAGAAAUUACUCAACUUUUGGUUCCUCCAGAAAAUUGCAGUUCAAGAGUGCAGCACUGUGUGUGUUCUGUUGCCAGUGACCACUCAGUAGGACUUCUAAGUUUACGAGAAAAAAAGUGCAUCAUGUUAGCUUCCCGGCAUCUCUUUCCUAUCCAAGUCAUAAAGUGGAGACCAUCAGAUGACUACCUCGUUGUUGGUUGUACAGAUGGUUCCGUAUACGUGUGGCAAAUGGAUACUGGUGCACUUGACCGGUGUGUAAUGGGAAUAACAGCUGUUGAGAUCCUGAAUGCUUGUGAUGAAGCUGUACCUGCUGCAGUUGAUUCCCUCAGCCAUCCAGCUGUCAACUUAAAGCAGGCCAUGACCAGACGUAGCCUUGCUGCACUGAAAAAUGUGGCUCAUCAGAAACUUCAGACUCUUGCUACAAAUCUAUUGGCAUCUGAUUCCUCUGACAAAGGAAACUUGCCAAAAUAUUCUCACAACUCUCUGAUGGUUCAAGCCCUGAAGACUAACUUAACAGACCCAGAUGUCCAUAUACUCUUCUUUGAUGUGGAAGCUCUGAUUAUUCAGUUACUAACUGAGGAAGCCUCCAGGCCUAAUACAGCCCUUAUUUCCCCCGAGAAUUUACAGAAAGCAUCUGGCAGCUCUGACAAAGGAGGUUCCUUCAUGGCUGGCAAACGAGCAGCAGUCCUGCUUCAGCAGGUCAAAGAAACAGUCAAAGAAACAAUCAAAGAAAACAUAAAAGAACGUCUUUUUGAUGAAGAUGAUGAGGAUGAGGAAUCCAGACAAAGAAGAGAGGACAGUGACCCCGAAUAUCGGUCCAGCAAAUCAAAGCCAUUAACUCUCUUAGAAUAUAAUCUAACCAUGGACACAGCCAAGCUGUUUAUGUCAUGUCUUCAUGCUUGGGGCUUGAACAGUGUUCUAGAUGAACUUUGUAGUGAGCGUUUGGGGAUGUUGAGGCCUCACUGUUCCGUCUCUUUUGGCUUGCUUUCAAGAGGAGGCCACAUGUCUUUGAUGCUUCCAGGGUAUAAUCAGCCUGUAGGCAAGAUGCCCUCUAGUGAUACAGACAUGGGAAAGUCUGUAUCUCUCACGGAGGGACACAUCAGGGGUACGUACGGCAUAUCACGUGCAGUAACUACUCAGCACCUCCUCUCCAUUAUCUCCUUGGCAAACACCUUGAUGAGUAUGACCAAUGCAACGUUUAUUGGAGAGCAUAUGAAAAAGGGACCAGCCAGGCCACCUAGACCAGGGACUCCUGACCUCGGAAAAGUGAAGACUUCUGCUCCAGUUGCUAGUCCAACAGCACAAGGACUGAUUAAACAAGUUGCUCCUGCUGUUUCUGCUAGCACUGAAGCUGAUCACUCUGGCUCUGGCCCUGCUCCUCCUUUACAUACCUGUUUCUUAGUAAAUGAAGGAUGGAGUCAGCUUGCUGCUAUGCACUGUGUUAUGCUCCCUGACCUGUUGGGCCUGGAUCAAUUUAGACCACCUCUCCUUGAAAUGUUGGCUCGUAGAUGGCAAGAUCGAUGCUUGGAGGUAAGAGAAGCUGCACAAGCCUUACUGUUAGCAGAGCUGAGGAGAAUUGAACAGGCGGGCAGGAAGGAAGCAAUUGAUACCUGGGCUCCUUAUUUACCCCAAUAUAUGGACAGUGUUAUAUCACCUGGAGUGACUGCAGAAACCAUUCAGACUGUUAACGUGAGUCCUGAACAAUCAGGAUCUGAAGCCAAAAUUCAAGAAGAGGAACAUGAUCUAGUUGAUGAUGACAUCUCAGCAGGUUCUCUGUCUGGACUUCCACAAAUUAAAAAAAUAUCUAUGUCAUAUGAAGAGAGACGGAAACAAGCUACUGCCAUCGUUCUGCUAGGAGUAAUUGGAGCAGAGUUUGGAGCAGAAAUAGAGCCUCCAAAGUUGCUAACUAGACCACGCAGCUCUAGUCAAAUUCCAGAAGGUUUUGGCUCAACAAGUGGUGGAUCCAACUAUUCCUUGGCAAGGCAUACCUGCAAAGCUUUGACCUAUCUUCUGCUGCAGCCUCCCAGUCCCAAGCUUCCUCCUCAUAGCACCAUCAGAAGAACUGCCAUUGAUCUCAUAGGAAGAGGGUUUACAGUCUGGGAGCCUUAUAUGGAUGUGUCUGCUGUGCUGAUGGGCCUCUUGGAACUCUGUGCUGAUGCUGAAAAGCAGCUUGCAAACAUCAAAAUGGGGCUGCCUCUGAGUCCAGCAGCGGACUCCGCCCGCUCUGCACGACACGCUCUCUCCCUCAUUGCCACGGCCAGACCACCCGCUUUCAUCACUACUAUUGCCAAGGAGGUACACAGGCACACUGCUCUUCAGGCCAAUACACAGUCUCAACAAAAUGUUCAUACCACCACCUUGGCUCGAGCCAAAGGAGAAAUUCUGAGGGUGAUUGAAAUCCUUAUUGAAAAGAUGCCAACAGAUGUUGUGGAUCUCCUUGUAGAGGUAAUGGACAUCAUCAUGUACUGUCUUGAAGGCUCGUUAGUCAAGAAGAAGGGACUGCAGGAGUGCUUUCCAGCCAUCUGCAGGUUCUGCAUGGUCAGCUAUUAUGAGCGGAGUCACCGAAUAGCAGUUGGAUCUCGCCAUGGUUCAGUGGCCCUCUAUGACAUCCGGACUGGAAAAUGUCAGACAAUUCAUGGCCAUAAAGGGGCAAUAACAGCGGUGGCUUUUGCUCCUGAUGGUCGGUAUCUUGCCACCUAUUCCAACACAGAUAGUCACAUUUCCUUCUGGCAGAUGAACACCUCUCUCUUGGGAAGCAUUGGAAUGCUGAAUUCUGCACCACAGCUCCGUUGUAUGAAAACCUACCAGGUGCCUCCUGUCCAACCUGCAUCUCCAGGUUCUCACAAUGCCCUCAAACUGGUGAGGCUUAUCUGGACUUCAAACCGCAAUGUUAUUCUUAUGGCCCAUGAUGGCAAAGAACAUCGAUUUGUGGUGUAAAGUCAGGAUGUGUGACAGAGGUUUCUUCCCCACCACCCCACUUGCUCUAAAUACAGAUGUGUUUUGAAAUCUCUUAUAAAUUUAUCUCCCUCUUUAUGAUCUUAAUACCGGAGGGUCCUGAAGUACCCAAAGAUUAUGGAGCAGGAUUGGCCAGAGUGCAUGUGUUCUGCUUGCUUCUGCACAGCAGAGUACUGCUUCAGCCUGUUGUUCCUUUAGAGGAAUACAGACCCACUCAGCAGUUAGACCAUCAUGCAGGAUUUUUCUCUUCAUCACUAGGAGAAAAAAAAACAGGACCCUGAGAAUGUAACUUGGUUCUGGCUGGAUUGGUGAGAAUCUGAAACAUCUUGAUUCUAUUGACUUUAAAAAAAAAAUCAUAACAUUAAAGCAGGUCUGAAUCUCAUCAUUCUGAGAAUGCUAAAAUCUACAGUCUAAAUGAAAAAAAAAAUCCUUUGAAGUGUUUUGAAACUUCAUGUUUACCAAAGCUUAUGUGUUUACACUGAAGUUCUUCCAAGUUCUUGGAAGAUCAUGGGAGUAAGGAUGUUUUGUUCAUUCCCCAAAUUCUGAGAAGAUCAGGAGACUUCCACAAGUCCCGUAGAUAUUCUGUUGGUAUUUUUUACCUGAAGAGAAAAAGAGAGUCAUAUGUCACCUAUGUAUCUAGAAUCUGAGAUGCCUACUAAAGUCACUGGUUAAUGGCAUUAAAGACCCACUAUAUAUUUCAUGUUUGGGGUUUUGUAAGAAAAUGUAUAGAAAAGAAAUCAUUUUCUUUGUGUAACUUCUGUUCAAGAUGGAAACAAUGGCAUACUCCCAUUAGUGAGAAGGCAGUUUUAUGUUUCUUAUGUUGGGAUUUUUUCUUCUUCAAUGAAAAUUUACACAAGAAUAGGAAAGAGAUAAUAUGGAUAUUGAUAUUUUCUUUGCUGCUAAUAUAUGUAUCAAUAUCAAUAUCUAUACAUCCACAAAUGUUCUCUUUCAUAACUUCCUCUUGCAAAGAAAUGAAGACUCUUCAUAUUUACACCACUAAACUCUAUUGUGACAUAAACUAAUUAUGAUACAGCAGAUUUGCAGCAUUUGGAUUAAUCAGAGAUUUAAGAGCUAGAAUUAUUUAAUAAAACAUAUCACUGCUCAUUACUACAGGAAACAUAAGGAAAAGUUAACCUUCAGGUCCAUUUCAAGUGUUUUCCUUAAUCAGAAAAAAACCAUUAGAUUGAUUAAUCUUCACAUAUCUCCUAUGUCUUUAUAUCUUUAUUUUUUUCCUGAAAAGCAUUGUCUGUCCCUCCCCCUUUCCCACAGAGCUGAGGGGAAAAAUGUAGAAAAUUUAUUGAAACGCUGGUGUGUUUAGGUAUAUGUAUAGUAUACGUGUACUUCUAGACUUGAAUAUGAGAAUACAAAGAAAAUGCUUUUAGUGCAUGCUAAUAAAUUCAGCAAAAAUGGCGCCUGUGGAAAAUUCAGUGGCAGAAUUUGUAGGAUGGAGAAGCAAGAAGGACAACUGGAUGCAUUUUUUGGAGCGUGGCAUCUGUAUCAUCUCCCCAGAAAUUAAUGUUGUCCAUCAUCGUUGCCUUCCAUUUUACACGAGGAUAGCACUGAAACAGUUCCUGGUACUUCGCAUACAUCGAUAUUCUUAUUAAACAAUUUAGUGAUCUGUUUAAUACUGUAUAUGUAACUAGCAUUACAUCAGCCAUAAUUAAUUAUCUACUUGAGAACUUAAAAAACAGUAAGAAAUUGUUCAGAAUGUUUUAUAGCACUGUGACUUUGUUCUAUUGAUCUAUGGUUUAGUGGAGAUAAAAAUUCAGUUGUAAAUAUCCAGUUUUUUUGAGGGAGGGGGUUAAAGAAACAUAUCACAUGUGUGUACUUGAUAUUUAUGAGCACUGCCCAUGGGAUAUACAGAAAUGUACGCCUUUGUUGAAUCACAAUAUUACGAUAGCAUAAAUGAUAUUAUGAAGUAUAUUUAGGGAUACUUCCUCUUAGAUAACUUGCCUUUUUUUACAUAAUUUCCUUUGUUAUCCAUGCAUACCUUUUACUUUGAUUCCUGCAAUCUAUGGGGUCCCAUUUAUUUAUAUGGAAUGAUGCAUGAGGAAAAAGCCAAUUCUUUAUUGCAAGGUUGGCUAAUACUUUUUGAAGUAAACAAGAUGCUUCAGAGACCACUUCCCAGCAGCAAGGAAAAUUGGAGAGGCAGCCCUCCACAUUUACAAAGCUGUUUGUAUCAUGGCACUUGUUCCAUCUCAGCAGGAAUCUCCAACUGGUGCUUCUGGGGUGUUUGGAUUUCUAGCCCCCAUCAACCCAGUAGCAAGGGAUUGUGGGAGUUGUAGUUCAAGUGUCUUGAGGGCACUUGUGGCCUAUCACUCGGGUAGGCCUAUUUACUCUGGGCGGAAUUCUAUAUUACGAUAAUCAGAGGGCUGCCAACAAAAAAUUGCACCCUAGUAUUGAGAGGGGUUUUGGUUUCCCUUGAAAACAUGGUGUAAAAGUUACCAUUGACAUGACAUUACUUGACAAUAGCCAGUGACAUAGGAAGAAAAGGCAAAUGCAUAACAUUACGGCAUCAGGAUCUGGACGAAAAUUGCUACCUAUUACAAGGGGAGUAUGGGGAACCAGCAAGUAAUCCCCAUUUUGAUGCACUGCAGCCUCUCUGCCUUUAUAACAUGGAGGUCCGGCUGUGCAAAAGAAGUCCAAAUCUUUUCAGCUUUGCCGCACUAUUUAUUUCAGCAGGGUUUGUGGAACAGUUCCAUGCUUAUUUUGAGUGGAAGAUGCUUGGUUCCCAUUUUUAUGAUUGGCACUGUAACUGUUCCUUUUACUAUGUUUUGUUUUUCAAAUAAAGAAUUCCCAGCAUUUUCAGAUGUGAUGGAAAAACACAUCCUCCUGCUUUUAUUAACAACACAUUUGUUGUUGUUGUGGAGGAUCUAAACAUAUUUUGAAUAUUACCAUGGCAUGGGAGGGACAAAACCUUAUAGCUGUAUGUUCUGCAGAUGUGUAAUGUGGGGUAUUAUGCCUGUUCAAAUAGAAUUGGGGCUUUUAGACCAAUAGAAAGUCUGCCCUACACAAAGGAGUAAUUUAACAGGAGAAUCAAUAUUUAUGUACUAGUAACUGCAACAAUCCACUAGGCCCUGCACGGGAACCUUGCACAACUCCUUCACUGAAAUGAAUGGUGCUAUGCUAGAGUAGCACUUAGUGGACUCUUGCCAGGAACUCUUAAUUCCCCUAAGACUCCCCCUAUGCAAAUCUGCAUUUGAGUGACUUUCUCAGCCCUCACUGUAAAUUUCAUCAUAGCUUAGAUCUCUCAGCAUUGCAGUAAAAUUUGUAUUGUCAUUCCAGUGUAAGCUUUUAGUGUUUUAUUGAUUUGUUUAGUACUGUAUUUGGAUUUGUCCUUGUAAAUGUAGCAACGUACGUGGCUUCAUUGGCAGUUUACAAGCAAAAGAUGACAUGAUGAGACACCUGUAUGAAAAUGUUGUCACAACUGAAGUCACAGUGUAUGGUAACUGAUUAAAAUGUCUGCCUCAAGAAAC